AACCACCUGUAAGACUCAGAAAAGCAAGACGUGGCUACUGAAAUCGUUUAGCUGAAAUAGUUCCCCGUUUCACGGGUUUACAUUUCUGAUUCUUUUACUGAAUCUGAACGUUGCGACCAUGAUCAAGAAAAUGACACCGUCGGAAAACGAGUUCGACAUCCCCGCAAAAAACUGCUACAGGAUGGUGAUCCUGGGCUCCACUAAAGUUGGCAAGACGGCCAUCAUCUCCCGGUUUCUAAAUGAAAGGUUCGAGGAGCAAUAUACGCCGACAAUAGAGGACUUUCAUAGGAAGUUCUACAGCAUUAAGGGAAACGUUUACCAGCUGGACAUUUUAGACACCUCUGGAAAUCACCCCUUUCCUGCCGUGAGGAGACUAUCUAUACUUACAGGUGAUGUCUUCAUCCUGGUGUUCAGUUUGGACAGCAGAGAAUCAUUCCAGGAGGUUAAACGCCUGAAGCAGCAGAUAUACGAGACGAAGUCCUGUUUGAAAAACAAAACCAAAGAAAACGUUAACGUCCCGCUGGUUAUAUGCGGGAACAAGAGCGAUCGGGAGUUUUGCAGAGAAGUGAGUCCGGAGGAGAUUGAGGAACUGGUCGCUGAUGACCAACAGUGCGCCUACUUCGACAUCUCAGCCAAGCGCAACACCAACGUGGACUCGAUGUUCCGAGCCCUCUUCACUUUGGCCAAGCUGCCGAACGAAAUGAGCCCGGACCUUCACCGGAAAGUGUCGGAGCAGUACUGCGACAUGCUACAAAGAAAGUCACUGAAAAACAAGAAGUUCAAAGACGGGGAAUCGUACGGGAUAGUGGCUCCAUUCGCCAGGCGCCCCAGCGUGCACAGUGACUUGAUGUACAUAAAAGAGAAAGCGAUCGGCGGCAGCCAAGCGAAGGACAGAGAGAGAUGCGUUAUCAGCUAAAAGCUGCGCCUUGAUGGUGGACCACGGGAUGCAGUAUAGCGGCGCAAUUAGACUAAUGCAAGUCAGUGCUUCGUGGCCGCUGUUCUGCGCUGAAUCCAGAAAUAGGGGCAUUAAAAAUGGGUCAAAACGGCACCGUCCGAAAUCGUGACACUUAUGUUUCCGAGGUUUACAUUCUUGUGAAGGCAGGCGCUUACAUGUUAUUAAAGGACGCCAAAUGAAAUUUAAUUUCAGCCUCCUACAUAUGUGUUACUUUAAAUAUGCCGUAACUUAAAAAGCGAAACGGACGCUCCAGUGAAGCGCAAUGUGAAAAGUACUGUUUACAUUUUAUAACAGGACCGAACUUGAAUGUUUGUUGCAACAUGAACAAAUGUAUUUGUGAAUGUAUAUUUAUUCUUAUAUGUGAGAUUUACUUUUGCAAAAAAAACAAUAAACAAAUGAGUGAA